UGUGAAACCAUGAUUGGAAAUCUCAAAGAGGCUGAAGUUCUUUCUUCUUGAUAAAGCUCCUUUGCACCCAACUUGCUAGAUUCCCUUGAGUAUACCAAAAAGAUGAGAUUCUCAAGAUUUCCUCCAUGUAUACUAUUCUAAUCCUCAUUGAAUAUGUUUGCGGAUAUCCUCUACUAUAUACAUGGACUUUAAAUUUUAUCUGCAUUUUCUCAGUCCUACACUGGGACUUUGAAUCAAAAAAUUAAUACGAUCAAGUGUCCAUGUUCAUCUGAUAGAAUAAAAAAUAAGAUUAGAUAGUAUUUUUGCUGUGCAUUCUGUAUUUCUGUUGUUUUGAACGUGCAAAAGAUUUUUUUAGGAAUUUGGGUUUAGUGAGCUCUCUGAAGGACCUCAUUAUAAAAUAGGUUGAACACGUACUACUUGUACUGUGAUUCAGGGUGUUUUAACUGUACCCAAGAGUAAUUCAAGAAGUUAAAACCUGCCCAUUAGAUUGUAGUGAGGUUUAUAGUCUGACUGCCAGAUUAAAUAGAAUUGAAUCUGCAAUUUACCCAUCUUCUGUUCUUCAUUCUGCUAAUGGAUUACAGAGUCUGAUUAGAAGUGUUGAUGAGAAAAGAAAUUCACAGCUAUUUCCUGAAAAACAUUCUGUUAUCCUGAGGUUAUGCUUCAGAGCGAUUUGAGUGGAUUCUUGGAGUAGUAGAUAAGGUUUUAUUGUAGGAAAGAAUUUAGCAAAAAUGAUGAAGGUGUGGAUGCAGGGAAGCCUUACUAGAGUUGCUGGAAUGGUCGGCUGGUUCAAGGAGACCUGCAGGACUCUUCCAAAUUCUGGACCUGCUUCAUUAGGUUUCAGGAAAUUUGUGUGCGAGUCUAGCUAUGGGAAAAAUAAAGAUCAAAUUGGCAGUGUGGAUAAAGUACCCGAUGAUGCAAUUCAGCUUGAUUCAAAGAAAUGGUGGAUGCCACAUCCACAAACAGGUGUGUUUGGUCCCCAAGACAAUGAAGGUGUAGCAAAUGGGGAUUCUCAACACACUCAAAAUAUGGAUGGCUCAUCUGUCCUUGACCAACAGGCCUGGUUCAGGCCCUCUGAAGAUGUACAGAAACAGCCUUUAAAUUAGUAGUUUUCUAUUUGCUGACGAUGUACAGAAACAGCCUUUAAAUUAGUAGUUUUUCUAUUUGGAGUUUAGAGAUGGUUCAGGAAUUUAGAAUAUAGUAUGGCAUGUAUUUCUGUAAUUAGAAAAGCUGCACUAAAAAUUGAGCACACCCUGUUGUGCUUAGAAAAUAUUUAAAGAAAUGAAAACUUGGUAAUUAUUGAAAAAAUGGAAAUUAAAUUUUAGAGA